CAGUCACAAGGGCACCAGUUUAAUAAUCUCGCGUAGGGUACCAUAAAUCCUAAGGACGGCCUUGACUGCUGCACCCCUCACUGUGAGCUGGCCCCCGGGGAGAAGCUGGUGGAUGAGCUGUGUGGUUUCCCCACUCCAGUGUAACCCAGGGGAAAAAUCAGCAGGCCCUUCCCCACUCCCUUCCUUGAGCUCCCCACACCUCCCAACCCCCUGCUCUGACUCCUGCACUGCUCACUCCUCCAGCCCUGUGUACUGAGCCCUCACAUCUCCAAUCCUGUGUGCUGAAGGACCCAAGCAACCCCAGCAAACACCUAUCUCUUUAUGGUACAAGCCAGAGGCAUAAUGUUGAGAGAAAAUGUGAAAACAAUAGGACAUCUGAUCAGAUUGUACACUAAUAAAAAUGCUACACUGAAUGGCACAGAUUAUCCUGAAGGCAGCAAUUCCAGUGACUACUUUGCUCAAACAACAAUGUAUCUUCCAGAAAACUUCACAUAUUCUCCUUACCAGGCUUGUCCAGAAAAGCUGCCUUACAUGAGAGGCCUUAUCAAUGUCAACAUGAGUGAAAUUAGUUUUGAUGAAAUUCAGGAAGUAUUUUCAAAGGAUUUAGACAUUGAGCCAGGUGGUCAUUGGAAACCAAAAGAUUGUAAACCACGAUGGAAGGUGGCAAUCCUCAUUCCUUUUCGCAAUCGCCAUGAACAUCUUCCAAUUUUAUUCCGGCACUUGAUACCUAUGUUACAGAAGCAACGGUUGGAAUUUGCCUUUUAUGUUGUUGAACAGAGUGGUACACAACCUUUUAACCGUGCAAUGCUCUUCAAUGUUGGUUUCAAAGAGGCUAUGAAGGAUGUUGCCUGGGACUGUGUAAUUUUUCAUGAUGUGGAUCAUUUGCCUGAAAAUGACCGAAAUUAUUAUGGAUGUGGAGAGAUGCCACGUCAUUUUGCAGCAAAGCUGGACAAAUACAUGUACAUUCUUCCAUACAGCGAGUUCUUUGGUGGUGUUAGUGGAUUGACAGUGGAACAAUUCAAAAAGAUCAAUGGAUUUCCAAAUGCUUUCUGGGGAUGGGGAGGAGAAGAUGAUGAUCUUUGGAAUAGGGUUCAUUAUGCUGGAUAUAAUGUAACAAGGCCAGAGGGAGACCUAGGGAAGUACAAAUCCAUUCCUCAUCAUCACAGAGGUGAAGUCCAGUUUUUAGGCCGGUAUAAACUCCUGAGGUAUUCCAGGGAGCGUCAGUACAUUGAUGGGUUGAACAAUUUAAGAUAUAUUCCUAAAAUACUUGUCAGUAGAUUUUAUAAAAAUAUAACUGUAAACCUCAGACCAGAUCUGGCUCCUGUUAGAGACUAUUGAUGGAAGUGAGUGGCAAGCUACAUUCCUGGAGUUCAAAUUUGUAACACUGGAAAAUAUAAAUUAAAGACACUAUAUUAAGACCUUAAAUUAGGUCUUUUUGACUAUUUGAUGAAGGAUGUUUGGGAAGAGAAGAAAAAUGACUGCAUGGGUGACCAUGCAUUAUAUUCUGAAAAGAAAUGCCAGCAGCUACUACUCAAUGUUUACAGCAUGGGACUACUAAAUACUCAAGCCUUGUUUCACCAUAUUCUCUAUCAACCACUCAACUAUAUAUACUGCAGAAAACAGAUCUGUAGCUUGUUUGGAAGCCAAGAGAGAGGCCUUUUCUCCCAGGAAAUUUUUAUAAUUUAAAAUAACUUAAAUGAAUGCUUUUUGUUUCCUUUUAAAAUGUGUUUUGUAAAUAUGUGAUGUAAAUUGAUGUGCUCAAAUAGGUUUUUAAAUAUGGUAAAUUAUGCUUCAAUAUGAAUUUAGGUGUAUUACUGUGUUCAGUAGCAUGAAAGAACAGAUGUAAAUAUUUGUGUUUUAAACAAAAUUUAUGCCUUGUAUGAAAUAAUGGAACUAUCAAUAAUUGAUGGCCAGCUAUGACUGUAAACUGUUAUACACGUUUUUUGAGCUUUAAGCCUGAUGUAUAUCUGUUUUGAAGAAUUAAUUUCACAUGUAAGUUUGUUCGGAAGAAAGCUUUUAAUUUUACUUAUUACUGGUAAAAAUCCUGUGAUUCCCUGCUUGCCAUCUAAAUCAUAGCUAAUGCAUAUUAUUGCAUGUGCAUUUUGGAAAAAUCUUUAAGGUUGUUGCAUAUCAUGAUAUAUAGGAACUCUUAUUUCAUUUGUCUCCACAGGUGCCACAAGUGUUAGUGUCAGGGAUUUUAUGCCUAAAACAGUGUGUUCAAGUCUAUGUACUGUAGUUUGGUAGUAUCAUCUUUUUUAAUUCUUAAUAAAUAGCACUUCUUAUUCCUCAAGAAUCAGAAGAGCCAAAAAUGUAUCUUCAUUGGAAGACCAAUGUUAGUUAACUUUUAAAAGAAUUGGUAGCAAAAUUUAUGUCUAACCUUUAUGGGGUGGAACUUUUAAGAGCACGCAGUGUUGGUCUAACUGCUCCAUUUAUUGUUAGGAUUAAUGGGAUCAGAAAUAAGCCAGUGCUCAGUGCUUUUGAAAAUAUCCCCAAUAAUAUUAAUCCACAUAGAUAUUAUGGGCCUAAUCCUCUGAAGUGCUGAGCACUUCAGGUAGUGUGCGAAACACCCUAAACUCCAUGAGCUACAGUGAAAUUGAAGGUACUCAAGACUGAUCAGGAUAGGUCCCAGACAAUUCUCUAUUUUGUAGUAUUAAAUGCAUGAACAUCUAGCCUCUUUUUAUUUAUCAUAAAACUUAAUUUUGCCUUAGCAUAACAAUAUAGGGAAAACAAUCUAAUAGCAUCCAAUUCAGAAACACUAUUUUUGCCUACUGCUAUUACACAUCUGUAGCGAAUAUGAUGUAGGAAGUAGUCUGAAACACUUACUUUUUCUAUUAAUGCAACACAAAUCAGUUAAAUGUUGAGCAAAAUAAUCUAGUAGAUUAGUUUGUUGACUAUCACAAUCAUUCAGUGGUUUAGGAAUCAAAGACUUUCUUCUGCUCCCCUGAAAAAUUAAAAAACAAUGUAUUGUUUAUUUAUUUAUUACAUGGAGUUCUUAACCAGAAACAUUAAUCUAAAUUCACUGCCCACUUGUUUGCCUCUGGAUUUACUGCUACAGAGGAUUGAUGCAGGUGCUUUAAUUAGUUUGCUGCUAGCACUUUUUCUUUUAUGGCCAUUCCAACAGAACGUUUUGUCCUGGCCGUUUUUUUAACAAAACGUUUGAGGACACUUGUAGACAUUCCAAUAAUUUACAGAAAUGGAGAAAUUACUGAUUUAAUUGACAUCGUUCAAAGAGGGCUGUUGGAGAUAUUUCAUAUUGUAUUGGAAUGAUCUUUUAAUCUAGUCAAUAUAAUAUGCUGUAAAAUAUUUAAUGUAAAGUAACAGAUUGAACACACCCAUAAAAUAAGCAUGCUUGAGUUCUUAUAUUACUGCUUUAUAUAUUUCUGAAUCUGAGCAUACUGAAUAUUUUGAGGCAGAUGGGUAGAUAUGAACUCAAUAUUUAAUAUACUAAAUAAGCAACUAUAUUUUCAAAGUAAAUUUGGUCUUAUAUCCAUACUUCACAUUAGCUGAACAUGUUUCCUUAAGGGUUAUUAAAAGGAAUAGCUUUUAAAAGUCUGACUUCUGAUUUGUUUUUGGUUUUUUUAAUAUUUUCUGGUGCAUUUAAAAAUACGCAUGAAUAUGCUUUAGCCCAAGUUAUGGAAUCUUGCAAAGUAAUAAUGUAUUGCUUAGAGAGAAAAUGUGAAAGAAAAGAAAAUAUAAUCUCAACUGCACAUAAAUGGAUUACAAAGCAUAACUGCAAUUUGUUUAAUUUAACAUGACACAAAUGUAUUGUGCCCCAAAUUGAUACACCUUCCAUUAAGAAAGAUGUUUACUAUCCAUUUUUGCCAGAUAGGUACCUUUUAGUAUCAGGAAGGCUGCUAUCUUAUUAUUAAUAUUACACCAAAAUGUGUUCACUUUGUCUGAAUCCAGUACUGUUCUGUAGCAUACUUUAACAUAAACAGUGCCUUCAAAUAAAAGUAGUGAAGUGCAGAACUGAGGGCUAUGCAUGUUCCUUUUGAAAAGAUAUUCUUAAUUCUAGUAAAACAUGAAGGAUGUCAUGCUGGCAUUUUGGUUCCUGAUGGCAAAUUUGACUGUUCUUCAACGGUGGACACAAUGCAUAGAAAAAGUAUUUUCAAGGUUCUGAAGGGAGUUUUACAAUUGAUGUAGAAAUUUGAUAACACUAACAGUGUCUCAAGUCUAGUCAGUACACUAAAGGAUAUUUUUCAUCUAAAUUUCCUUCCCAUCUGUUAUAUAUUUUAAAUUAAGAGAAAAUAUAAAAUUUAAUAUUCUCCUUGACACCAAGAAUAUAUUGACAAAUGAAUGCAAAAUGUUUAUUAAAUCUUUCAGAAAUAUUUUUGUACUCUUCUGUUUAAAAUAUUAGUGUUAUAGUUAAUUACAAACAAGCCAGUUAUCAAAAUUUAAAAAUAUUGCGUAUCAGCAAGAGGAAGUGUACUUACAAUUAUUUUAUUUGUAGAGGUAUCUGAGGCAGGCUUAUUGAAAACUGCACUGAAACAAUUGCUGGCAAUUUCCAUACUUUUUAUUUUUGUUUUGUUGUUCAUGGAAAUGUUUGUACUUUUUUAUCAUUGUCUCUUUUGAAAUAUAAUGUUCUAAAGAUAGUGGAGUUGUCUAAUUUUAUUUUUUUCUAGGCACUGUAGUCUAUAGAAGGUGGCUCCUUCAAUGUAUUAAGAAAAAAUAAGCGUUCUUUGAAAUCUCUGGUACAGUAUCAUUCUCACAUUGAUCCCACAAUUGACAGGAUGGGAAGUUUCUUAUUUGAUAAGAACUGAUCUUGUAGAAACCAUUUACAGAUAACAUGUUUUCAAAGCAUGUUAAGUUUUUAUAAAAUCAUUCAACUUUUAAAAAAUUGUAAUAGCAUAGGGUAAGAAUUAUUUGUGGCAGGAUCCAUUUUUUUUUAAUUCUUCCCAGAGCAACAUAGCACUGAGCCUGACUUGUAAUGUCUAGGGGCUAUUGUAAAACAAUUUAUUACAAAAUCUAAAAAUGGUGUACCUCAGCUGAUUAACAAAUUUGAUCACCUGUUGAAAUUUAAUACAACAAUUUAGUAAUAAUGGUUGUAUCUCUGAAAACUGGCAUUCUCUGGUCCGGCAACAUCUGUUAUCUGGCAGGACCAUGGAUGCGUCUAGACCAUAGAACUCUGGAGCCUAAGGACAGGAGGGCCACCUGGGGCAGUGGAAAACAGGGUGGCAGCUUGGAGGCAAAGCAGGACUGGGGCCGGAGUCCCACAGCAACCCCUGGGAACACAGGGCUACUGUCGGACUCUCCUGACAAUCCCCUGGAGAGUGGGGCUGGGCCAGAGCCCCAGGGCAUCUCAUAGCAAUGUGAGGCUGGGACAGGAGUCCCUGCAGCAGAGUGAGACUGGGCUGAAGUCCCCCAGCAGUCCAUGUCAGCACUGUGGCAGUCCCUGGGAAUGCAGGGCUGGAUUCAGAGCCCUGUGGCAGUGUGGGGCCUCAGUCCCUUGGCAGCCCCCAGAAGCGCUGGGCCAGAGCCCUGCAGCAGUCCCUGGAGCGUGGGGUUGGGACCAGAGCCCUGCAGUAGCCCCUGGGAGCACGAGGCUGGGCCAGAGUCCUGCGGCAGCCCAUGGUCUGCAGCCGGAGCCUGUGCUGCUCAGGGAGCUGGCAGCAGCUAGACAAGCAGCCCAGCCAGUUUGGGGGAGAAUGCAAGGCAGGGUUCCUGGUGGAGCAGCCUGCCAGCAGCAUGGGGUUGGGGCUGGUGGCAGACCUCCCCUGGUUUGACAAACUCUCUUGUUUGGGACCGGUGUGGUCCCAACGAUGCCAGGCCAGGAAGGUCCAACCUGUACUUAAUUCUUAACACUUUUUAUUUGUUUAAUUUUUCAAGUACUUUCAGAUUUAAAGAAUUGUUGUCCAAACAUACUAUAUUGAUUGAAUUCUAACUAAUAAGUUACUUCUUCUAAGCAUAAUACAUACCUAGAAAUAUUCUAAAAUGCUAUAAGUAGCAGAAAAGUACCCAAUAUGGAGAGAUUUCACUUAAGUCUUUCUUAGAAUUAUUAAACCUGAUAGCAGACAGAGAUCAUCAUGUGUUAGUGGUUUCCCCUUUUCAUCUGUCAUCCCUUUCUUUUAAUUAUUACUUUUAUAGUAGCAACUAGAGUUCGUAUCCCAACCGUAGCCAAAUUUAUAUGUACUGUGUAUGACCUGGGUUCUAAAUGACAGUGAUAUACAAAAGUAG